UCCUGCCUCCAGCCUCGGCGCGUGCCCGCCUGUCCCCCAAGGAGACGGCUUCGGGCCUCUGGUCGAGUCCGCACCCAGCGCCAUGCCGACCGAGAGGAGCGAAAAGGAUGCGAAGGACCUGGACACCAUGAAAGAGGAAAGCAGCAGCGAUCUCUCUGUGCGCUCCAGGAAAAGGAAGGCGAAUGUGGCCGUUUUUUUGCAAGAUCCAGAUGAAGAAAUUGCCCAAAUUGAGAAGACUGUGAGAAGCCAGUGUGGCAGUCAGCCUUUGGAUAGUACCACAGUCUGUGAAAACCCCUGCUCUCUGAUCCCCACACCUGAUAAAGAGGAGGGUGAGCUGGUAUACCCAAAUCCCACCCCUGGUGCUUGGGGUUUCAUGCCAUCCAGGGCCUCGCCACUGCCAGUACUGAACUGGGCCAACCGAGAGGAGGUGUGGAAAAUCAUGCUAAACAAAGAAAGUACGUACUCGAGGGACAUGCACUUUAUGCAACGGCAUCCUCUUCUGCAGCCUAAAAUGCGAACGAUUCUUCUGGAUUGGCUGAUGGAGGUGUGUGAAGUGUAUAAACUUCACAGGGAGACAUUUUACUUGGCACAAGAUUUCUUUGAUCGGUAUAUGGCAACACAAGAAAAUGUUGUGAAGACACUGCUGCAGCUUAUUGGGAUUUCAACCUUAUUUAUUGCUGCCAAACUUGAGGAAAUCUAUCCCCCAAAGCUGCACCAGUUUGCUUACGUUACUGAUGGGGCUUGUUCAGGAGACGACAUUCUUCGUAUGGAAUUAAACAUUAUGAAGGCCUUAAACUGGCAUCUAAGCCCCCUGACAGUUGUGUCCUGGCUGAAUGUAUACAUGCAAGUUGCAUACCUGAAUGACUUUUGUGAAGUGCUGUUGCCGCAGUACCCCCAGCAGAUCUUCAUACAGAUUGCCGAGCUUUUAGAUCUCUGUGUCCUGGAUGUUGGCUGCUUAGAAUUUUCAUACGGUAUACUUGCUGCUUCUGCCUUGUAUCACUUCUCAUCAACUGAAUUGGUGCAGAAAGUUUCAGGAUACCAAUGGUGUGAGAUUGAGAGGUGUGCUAAGUGGAUGGUUCCAUAUGCUAUGGUCAUAAGGGAGACUGGAAGUUCAAAACUCAAGCACUUCAGGGGCGUUCCUACUGAAGACGCCCACAACAUACAGACCCACUUAAACAGCUUGGAGUUGCUGGACAAAACCCAAGCAAAGAAAGCUAUCUUGUCUGAACAAAACAGGAUUUCUCCUCUCCCCAGUGGGGUCCUCACCCCCCCGCAGAGCAGUAAGAAGCAGAGCAGUGAGCAGGACACCAUGUGAGCCCACCAGCCUCACCAAAGACAGUGUGCGGAAGUGCCUGCUUAGAACCCUCAGCAGCCUGCUGCAGCAGAGGCGCGCGCUAACUAACCUCUCCAGAUAUUUAAGUGGAUGAGCAUCCCUCUUCCUCAACCGGAGUCUUUCUAUAAAUGAUUAUCGGACAGGGAGGUGUAUUUUAUUGAAUGCUUAAGAUUUUUUUUUAAAAAAAAUUAAUGGGUCAAGUACACCAACCACCUCCAGAACACCAAUGAAUGCUCCCGAUGCUGCUAAGGAGGGUGCUACUUGACUUGAUUGUCCACAUGGAUAACAAAGGCCUGCCAUGGAGGAGCAUCACUGGCACUGCCGGCCUCCCCUGAAGGUGUUCUGGGCAGCGUGGGAGCAGGUGGCUGUGGGCACUGUCAUCCAGUGCCCACAGCCAGCUGCACGGGGCUGCUGUACACAAGAUCAGUUGACAAUGUACAAUGGCUUUCGUGAACUAUUCUAAGUGCUGCUAUGUCUGUCCGUGUGUAAUAAAGGUUUUAUGAGCUAAGUGUACUAACUGAAAUUAGACGUCACCUUUCACUGUGGCUCUAUCAAGAUCUCCUUUUUGACUUGGAAACGCAAAUCUUUCGAACCAAUGCUUUUCAAAGAAAUCUUUAAAAUGACCUUCCUGUACCGUUCUGCCUGCCUCCUUCCCAAGGGCCUGGGAGUGAGGCUUCCAUAGCAUCUUCUCCGCCAGUGGCUUCUCCCGAGGGGAAGGGGUGCUGGCAGCCACAGCAGUGGUGGUGGUGAAGUCAUCUUAGGGACUCGUAGGUCUUUUCCUCGAACUGCGUAAAAGCCACAACGAACUUUUGAUUCGUGUUAUUUAAUGCUUUUCAUUUUUUUCCAAAUCUUAAUGAAUUGUUUGGAGAACUUAUUAACAAAGUAGCCUAAAACUAUACUUUUAAGAAAACAAAGGAAAAUUCAGCAUAGUUCAGGACAUGAGACCUAUUUGCUCCCUGGCUGUGGCUGGAGUUUCCCUGUGCCUUGCUCUAUAGGAGAGGCUGCGCCCCCUGUGAGACCCAGUGUAUGUAGCCCAAAUUAUACCUCGCUGAGCACCCUCCAAAUGGAGUCUUGUCAUAUCCACGUGUUUCACUUUUUUAAGAUGAUUUGUUGGCAUGUGUGGGUGUAGAACAAAUGAGCAAAUAUAUGCUAUGAUCUUUUAAUUUGGCAUUUUAUAAAAAUCUGUCCUUAAAGUCUUUUAAGAUCUGUACUGUAUUUAUAUAAAGUUGGAGAGAGACGCUAUUUUUCUUGGAACAUUGUGAUGUUUAAAGUUCC